AGUGCUGGUGUUUGUGCUUGUGCUGCAUUCAGGUGUCUCGACCUCGCAAAGGAUUUUCUUGUGUGCCACACAAACGGAACUGUGGUCAGUUGCACGUCUCGUUUGUCCAACAUUUUCCUCCUGCGUUGACUGAUCUCAUCGCGUGAAUCUGAUCAGGAAGCGGUGCUGGCGAGGGCGAUGGCGUCCAACGUGAGCCGACCCGCGGGCUGCGGUCCGGCGGUGUCGUCCAUCUACUACAAGCUGUGCGACCUGGACGCGGCGUGGGGCGUGGUUCUGGAGGCGUCGGCGUCGGCCGGCGUCGUCGUCAGCCUGGUUCUGUUCACGGCGCUGCUCGCCAACGUGCCCUUCACGCGGGACCCCAACCGCAGGAACGCGGUGGCCCUGCACGCCCUCUUCCUGGUGUGCACGGCCGGCCUCUUCGGCCUCACAUUCGCCUUCGUGGUGGGGAAGAACUUCUCCACCUGUGCGUCGCGCCGCUUCCUGUUCGGCGUUCUCUUCGCCGGCUGCUUCUCGUGCCUCCUGGUUCAGGGCGUGCGGCUCAACGCCCUGGCCAGGACCAACCGUGCCCCGGGGGCGUGCGGCUCGUGCCUCGUCGCAACGGCCCUGUGGUCGGUGGAGGUGCUCGUCAACGCCGAGUGGCUGAUCAUCACGGUGGCGCGCCACCCGCCGGGGCCGGGCAUCUCCGCGGACGGGGUCGAGGGCGGCGGCGGCGCCACGGCCGUGCCCUGCGACGUGGCCAACGCGGACUUCGCCAUGGCGCUGAUCUACGUGAUGGCGCUCCUCGUCGCCGCCCUGGGCGCAGGCCUGGGCGUCAUGGCGGGAGAACACAAGCGGUGGAAGAGGGAGGGCGCCCUCAUCCUGGCGUGCGCCCUCCUCUCCGUCGGGAUCUGGGCGGCGUGGAUCGCCGUGUACGUCCACGGGAACUUUACGCCCCGGUGGGAUGACCCCGCGUUGGGCGUCGCCCUGGUGACCAACGCCUGGGUCUUCCUGGCGCUGGUCACCGUCCCACAAGUGUGCUGCUCGGCCGGGGACGGAGACUGCGACCCCGACUUCGGGGAGACGCCGUACCCGGGUCGGGGGGGCGUCGGCUAUGAGAACAUCCUGAAGGAACUGAACCCUAACAACGUCUUUGCGGAAAACAUGGACAACAAAGCCUUCUCCGUGGACGAGCCCGCACAAGGCGCCGCGGCGGUGUCUCCGUACAGCGGCUACACGGGCCAGCUGAGGAGUUGCGUGUACCAGCCCACCGAGCUGGCCCUCAUCGCCAAAGCCCGCGCGGCCGCCAAUCCCCCGGAAGCGUCCUACGACUCCGUCAUUCCUCGAGCGUCGGCCCGUUCUGAAGCCGGCAGCGUCGGCGUGCGCGCCGCGAACGCCGCGGACACGGCGGACGUGGGCAACGCCUCUCACGGAAACGGAAACAGCGUAGGUCCACGCGUUCGGUCAUUCCUGUUUGAUGUUGCCGUAGUGUGUGUGCGCGCGUGUUCGUUCAUACGUUUUUUUGCGGAAACAGCGUAGGUAUCCCCCCGCAUACUUCCUGUCUGAUGUUACCAUAGCAACCACCGCCUCUUGUUCUUCUUCUGUGCGCGUCAGCAGGCUAACGCGUCGCACAGGACGCCUCAGUGGUGAAGCCGCCGUCUCUGCCCUGAUGAUCGUCUGGAGGUCGCCACACGGACGCCCUUUGACCUUUUGACCUUCUCUUCUCUCAGUCGGGAUGAGGCAAGACUGGAGAAAGGAAGGCAGGACUUUUCAUACUUUUCUUUUUCCCAUGUUUGAUACACACGCCCUUUAUGGUCAUGUGCACUAGUGUGUCCAAACGACACAAGACACAACACUAUACAAUCUUAAACCACACUGCACUAUACUAAACUACACAGCACACCACUACACUACAUUGUACUCGAUUAUAGAACAAUAUACAACACUACACACAACUACAUGACACUGCACUGCAUUACGUUUUACUACAAUACACAGCACUACACAAGACAACAUACGACUAAACCUCACAACACUACAGUAUACUACAUGGCACUAGAUUAUGCUACAAUACAAUUUGCAAGGACUAAUGAAGCUUAUUUGAUCUUAGUAAACAACACUUGAGUACAUAAAUUCACAACACUUCACCAUACUAGACAAAUGCUUGCGGCGGUGUGUCUUGCUGUAAUUAUAAUUAUAUAUAUUUAUAUGUGUGUGGGCGGCACGGUGGCCGACUGGUUAGAGCGUCAGCCUCACAGUUCUGAGGACCCGGGUUCAAUCCCCGGCCCCGCCUGCGUGGAGUUUGCAUGUUCUCCCCGUGCCUGCGUGGCUUUUCUCCGGGCGCUCCGCUUUCCCCCCACAUCCGCAAAACAUGCGUGCUCGGUUGAUUGAAGACUGUAAGUUGCCCGUAGGUGCGAAUGGGAGUGCGAACGGUUGUUUGUUUGUAUGUGACCUGCGAUUGACUGGCGACCAGUUCCGGGUUUACCCCGCCUCUCGCCCGAAGAUAUCUGCGAUUGGCUCCAGCAUGCCGACGACCCGUGUGAGGAUAAGUGCUACAGAAAAUGGAUGGAUAUAUAUAUAUAUAUAUAUAUAUAUAUAUAAAAUGUGUUAAUGCUUCUACAUGGAAAUGCAAUGUAAAUAUGUAAGUGUGAUAAUAUUGAAUAGUUGAAGUGAGUUUUGCGCAUAUUAUCGCUUUAAGGUCCGUAUUUCUUCACAAAGCUUUUCAUUUGUUCGGUUCUGCAAU